CCUCACGCCCCUCGACAGCUUCUUCUCUGAUGAUGACUCCCUCAAACAACAAAAGAAGAAGAAGCCCAAAAAGAUGAAAGAGGGGAAAAUGCCCAAAGUUAAGAGGAGGAAAAAAGAGGGAGGGAUCCAGGCAAGAGUCGACAGCGACCUGGAGGAGACCUCGGAGGUGGAGGAGGAACGGGAACGUCCAGAAAUCGGCUCUGAGAGCGAGAGCAGCACCUACGGGCCCACCAAAAAGAAGAAGAAGAAACCCAAGGAGAAGAAAGAGAAAAAGCCCAGGAAGAAGAAGAGAGAUGAGGAUGAUGAUGAGGAUGAUGAUGAUGAUGGUAACAUGAAGCCCAAAUCAUCCGGUCAGUUGAUGCAUGAAUGGGGUCUUGAAGACGUUCAGUAUGGCUUCACCGAAGACGACUAUAAAACCAUCACUAACUACAAGGCUUUCAGCCAGUUCCUCAGGCCUCUCAUUGCCAAGAAGAACCCGAAGAUUCCCAUGUCUAAGAUGAUGACAGUGUUGGGGGCCAAGUGGCGAGAGUUCAGUGCCAAUAACCCGUUCAAAGGCGCAUCUGCCACCGCUGUGGCCGCCGCUGUGGCUGCUGCCGUGGAAACGGUUACCGUGGCACAGCCAACGUCUGUCAGCAGCAGCCAGCUGAGCUCUCCGCUAGGGCCAAUCAAAAAAGCCAAAACCAAAGAGGGAAAGGGACCAGGAGUUAGAAAGAAAAGCAAGACUGUGAAAGAAGUGAAAAAGAAACCCAAGCCGAAAAAGACCAAAUCAAAGUCGGGCCAAAGUGGGAAGAAGAAGAAAGCAUCCUCAAGUGAGGAGGACUUCCUGGAGGAGUCAGACUUUGAUGACAUCAGCAUCCACAGUGCCUCUGUGCUUUCUGAUACCUCGGGGGCCGCCACCAAGAAAAAGGCCCGACGUGGGCGGAAAAAAAGGAAAAGUAUGUUUACUGAGGACGGCGAUGGCUACGAGACAGACCACCAGGACUACUGCGAGGUUUGCCAGCAGGGUGGAGAGAUCAUCCUGUGUGACACCUGUCCCAGAGCCUACCACCUGGUCUGUCUGGACCCCGAGCUGGAGAAGGCCCCUGAGGGAAAAUGGAGCUGUCCACACUGUGAGAAGGAAGGGAUCCAGUGGGAGGCCAAAGACGAGGAGGAGGAUGAGGAGGAGGCUGCAGGCGAGGAGGAGGAUGACCACAUGGAGUUUUGCAGAGUGUGUAAAGACGGAGGAGAGCUUCUGUGCUGUGACACCUGCCCAUCAUCCUACCACAUCCACUGCCUCAACCCGCCACUUCCCGAGAUACCGAACGGGGAGUGGUUGUGUCCUCGCUGCAUGUGCCCUCCCCUCAAAGGUAAAGUACAAAAGAUUCUGCACUGGACGUGGGGAGAACCCCCGCUGCCGGCUGAACUGCCUGCAGGCCCCGACGGCAAGCCAAGCGAUCCGCUGACCAAGCCCCCGCUGAAGGGCCACCCAGAGAGGGAGUUCUUUGUAAAGUGGGCUGGCCUUUCAUACUGGCACUGCUCCUGGGUCAGCGAACUGCAGCUGGAGCUAUACCACACGGUCAUGUAUCGGAACUACCAGCGGAAGAAUGACAUGGACGAACCUCCGCCGUACGACUACGGCUCCGGAGAGGAAGAGCUCAACAGCGAGAAGAGGAAGAGCAAAGACCCCCAGUAUGCCGUGAUGGAGGAGCGCUUCUACCGCUACGGCAUUAAACCAGAGUGGAUGGUUAUCCACCGGAUACUCAACCACAGUUUCGAUAAAGAUGGUGACGUGCACUACCUGAUCAAGUGGAGAGAUCUACCGUACGACCAGUGCACCUGGGAGGUGGAUGAUUUUGAUGUCCCAGAAUAUGACAACCAUAAAGCCUCUUACUGGGACCACAGAGAGCAAAUUUUAGGGGAGGAUCAACGCCCCCUUGUGGUGAGGAAAGGAAAGAAACUCAAAGACGACCAUGCAAAGAGGGAGGUCCCUCCUGAUGCUCCCAUCAUAGACCCGACCAUCAAAUUUGAACACCAGCCAUGGUACAUCAAUGCCACUGGGGGAACGCUGCACCCAUACCAGCUGGAAGGCCUGAACUGGUUGAGGUUCUCCUGGGCUCAGGGCACAGAUACGAUCCUGGCAGACGAAAUGGGCCUGGGAAAGACAGUGCAGACAAUAGUGUUCCUCUACUCACUGUACAAGGAGGGUCAUUCAAAGGGGCCUUUCUUGGUGAGUGCGCCCCUCUCUACUAUCAUCAACUGGGAGAGAGAAUUCGAGAUGUGGGCUCCAGAUUUCUACGUGGUGACGUACACUGGAGACAAAGACAGCAGGGCGAUCAUCAGGGAGAAUGAGUUCACCUUUGAGGACAGCGCGGUCAAAUCAGGACGCAAAGUGUUCCGUAUGAAGAAAGACACUCCUAUCAAAUUCCAUGUGCUGCUGACAUCUUAUGAGCUGAUCACUAUAGAUCAAGCUAUUCUGGGCUCCAUCACCUGGGCCUGUCUGGUGGUAGACGAGGCCCACAGGCUGAAGAACAAUCAAUCAAAGUUUUUCAGAAUCCUCAAUGGGUAUAAGAUCUACUACAAGCUGCUGCUUACUGGAACUCCUCUUCAGAACAACCUGGAAGAGCUGUUCCACCUGCUUAACUUCCUCACCCCAGAGCGCUUCAAUAACCUGGAAGGCUUCCUGGAGGAGUUUGCUGACAUCUCUAAAGAGGACCAGAUCAAGAAACUCCACGACCUGCUCGGUCCUCACAUGCUCAGGAGGCUGAAAGUUGAUGUCUUCAAGAACAUGCCUGCUAAGACAGAACUGAUUGUCAGAGUGGAGCUCAGUCCCAUGCAGAAGAAAUAUUACAAGUUCAUCUUGACGCGAAAUUUUGAAGCUCUGAACUCCAAAGGUGGAGGGAACCAAGUGUCCCUGCUCAACAUUAUGAUGGACCUGAAGAAGUGCUGCAACCACCCCUACCUGUUCCCUGUGGCUGCUGUGGAGGCUCCUGUUUUACCCAACGGUUCGUAUGAUGGCAACCUACUGGUGAAGUCCUCAGGAAAACUGACGCUGCUUCAGAAAAUGCUGAAGAAACUCAAAGAUGAAGGACACAGAGUUCUCAUUUUCUCUCAGAUGACAAAGAUGCUGGAUCUGCUUGAGGAUUUUCUGGAGUUCGAGGGGUACAAAUAUGAACGCAUUGAUGGUGGUAUUACUGGAGGCCUGAGGCAGGAAGCCAUUGACCGCUUCAAUGCGCCAGGCGCGCAGCAGUUCUGCUUCUUGCUUUCAACACGAGCCGGAGGUCUCGGCAUCAACUUGGCCAGCGCAGACACUGUCAUCAUCUACGACUCUGACUGGAAUCCUCACAAUGACAUCCAAGCCUUCAGCAGAGCUCACCGUAUAGGUCAGAACAAGAAGGUGAUGAUCUAUCGUUUCGUGACUCGGGGCUCAGUGGAGGAGCGAAUCACACAAGUAGCGAAGAGGAAAAUGAUGCUGACCCACCUGGUGGUGCGACCUGGCCUGGGCUCCAAAACAGGCUCCAUGUCCAAACAAGAACUGGACGACAUCCUUAAGUUUGGCACUGAAGAACUAUUUAAAGAUGAAAUGGAGGCAGCACGAGCUAUGGGUGACAACAAAGAUGGUGAGGAAGGCAACGUGAUUCACUACGAUGAUGACGCCAUCUCAAAGCUGUUGGACCGCAGCCAGGAUGCCACCGAAGACACAGAGAUUCAGAACAUGAACGAGUACCUGAGCUCGUUCAAGGUGGCUCAGUAUGUGGUGAAAGAGGAGGACGGAGAGGAGGAGGUGGAGCGGGAGAUCAUCAAGCAAGAGGAGAAUGUGGACCCAGACUACUGGGAGAAACUCCUCCGCCACCACUACGAGCAGCAGCAAGAGGAUCUGGCCCGAAACCUGGGCAAAGGCAAACGCAUCCGAAAGCAGGUCAACUACAACGAUACGACCCAGGAGGACCAAGAGUGGCAGGAUGAUCUUUCAGACAAUCAGUCGGAGUACUCCGUGGGGUCCGAGGACGAGGACGAAGAUUUCGAGGAGAGGCCUGAAGGUGGACGCAGACAGUCUCGCCGGCAGCUCAAGAGUGAGAAAGACAAACCUCUGCCACCCUUGCUGGCACGUGUUGGAGGAAGCAUUGAGGUCCUGGGGUUCAACGCUCGCCAGAGAAAAGCCUUCCUCAAUGCCAUCAUGCGCUGGGGCAUGCCUCCUCAGGAUGCUUUCAACUCUCAUUGGCUGGUUCGCGACCUGAGAGGGAAGAGUGAGCGAGAGUUCAGGGCCUACGUGUCUCUGUUCAUGAGACAUUUAUGUGAGCCGGGGGCAGACGGAGCGGAGACCUUUGCUGAUGGAGUCCCCCGCGAGGGGCUGUCUCGUCAGCAUGUUCUUACCAGGAUCGGAGUCAUGUCCCUUGUCAGGAAAAAGGUGCAAGAGUUUGAGCACGUAAAUGGGAAGCUGAGUUCUCCAGAUCUGAUUCCUAUUGGCAUGGAGCUGAAGAAACUGACUGAGAGUGUAUCUUCUGACCCCAACACCCCGGUACCAGCCAGUCCUGUCGCCACACAGCCUGGUACCCCCAUCCCACUAGAAAAGAGUGAGUCUUUCCUGGGCACCGCUGAGGACAAGGAGACCACAGAGCAAGACAGCAAGAAACUGUCAGAGCAAGAAGCUUCCAGCGCCGAGCCGGCAACGGUACCUGAGAAGGCAGCUGACAGUGAAGAGAGCAAGGCCAGCUCAGAGGAGAAAACAGGAGAUGAGAGGAACAGAACUGAGUCACCGUCCACAAAGACCGAGCCAUCUGCUAACCCAAAAGACUCAGCUCUCAAACAGACAGAGCUGCCAUCCAGCCAUACCUCGCCGAAGACGGAGCCAUGCAAAGAAACAGAGAAGUCCUCAGAAAAAGCAGACACAGAUUCUCCUCUGGCAAAAACUGAGGACAAGGAAAAUAAGCCAGACGAUGUGAAGAGUGAAGAUGCAUUAGAAGGUCGAUUAAAUGGGGACAAAGACACUUUGGAUGAGAUGGAUGAGAGCAGGAAGGAGGACAAGAACGGAUUCAAAGCCAAGUUCAUGUUCAAUAUCGCUGAUGGAGGUUUUACAGAGUUACACACCCUCUGGCAAACUGAGGAGCGAGCGGCGCUGUCUUCUGGAAAGAUGCAUGACAUCUGGCACCGUCGCCAUGACUACUGGCUGUUGGCUGGCAUCGUAACACAUGGCUAUGCUCGCUGGCAAGACAUUCAGAAUGACCCGCGUUAUGCGAUUCUGAAUGAGCCCUUCAAGACGGAGAUGCAUAAGGGCAACUACCUAGAGAUGAAGAACAAAUUCCUGGCUCGCCGCUUUAAGCUGUUAGAGCAGGCUCUGGUGAUUGAGGAGCAGCUGCGGCGGGCAGCCUACCUGAAUAUGACCCAGGACCCGAGUCACCCGGCCAUGGCUCUCAACACUCGCUUUGCUGAGGUCGAAUGUCUGGCAGAGUCCCACCAGCACCUGUCCAAAGAGUCUCUGGCUGGGAACAAGCCUGCCAACGCUGUGCUGCACAAAGUUCUGAACCAGCUGGAGGAACUUCUGAGUGACAUGAAAGCAGAUGUGACACGACUUCCCAACAUGCUGUCCAGGAUCCCGCCGGUGUCGGCCCGCCUGCAGAUGUCUGAGAGAAGCAUCCUGAGCCGCCUCACCAGCCGAGGCAGCGAACCUCCACCACAGCAGCCUUUUGCCCAAGGUGGGUUCGGCUGCUCCCAGAUGUAUGGCAGCAGCUUUGGUGGAGGCUUCAGAGGACCAGGUGGACAGCCGAUGGUCAACUACAGUCAGAUGCCUCUGGGACCUUACGUCAGCGUGUCGUCUAACGGCCCCCCUCCCCCUACAAGCCAUCUGGACAAGAAGUCACUUGACUCCUUGAGAGACGUGGCGACGCCUGACCUCAAGUCAGGCAAACCAAGUGAUGUCAUCUGUAUUGAGGACUAG